AUGUGGCCGCGACACCCCCGCUCUCCCCCAGCGACGUCUCUGUUUCCAAAUCAUGCUGCCUUCGCGGCUCUGCUCCUGCUUUCACUCGGGUAUGGCGCAACGACCCCAGUGAACAGGACGAUCGACGACUACCUCGGCGACUCCGCGACGGGCGCACGCCCCGUGUUCUCGCCCGGCUGGAACUACGGGCCGACGUGCCCCGGGUGCUACGUCCAGCCCGACAUCGCGCUCACGUUCGACCGCUCCUGGCACGACACGACCGUCUCGGUCUACAGCGUCACCACGAACAUCUCCAUCGAGUUCACCGGGACGGCGCUGUGGGUGUAUGGCAUCGUGCCGAACUACGUGCGCAAUGCGAACACGCUCGUCAACGUUUCCUUCGCGCUCGACGGCGCGCCCGCGGGGAACUACACGCACCAGCCGUCGAGUUCCACCGAGUUCUUCUAUAACGUCACGCUCUUUAGUACCACUGCGCUGGAGAAUGUGGCACACACGCUCGUGAUGACGCCCCAGGGGACCGCAGAGGCGUCGUAUCUGGCGUUUGAUUGGGCGGAGUAUACGUAUGAGGAGGAGGUCGUGUCGAGCUCGACUGUGCAGUCUGCUGCCACUAGUAGCUCAUCGUCGAUACCGAGCCAGACACCCGCAUCGCAAUCGACAGAGAACGCAAACACGACCCCAAAGCACAAUCCACCAGUAGCAGCCAUCGCAGGCGGAGUCGUCGGCGGCCUCUGCGGGCUCGCACUUUUGGCCAUCCUCUUCUACCUAUGCCAGCGAGCCAGCCGGAGAGGCAGCACGACCGGGCGCGCGGACGCCGAUGGCGACCCCAUGGCGAAGGUGGACCCCUUCCUCUAUCCGUCCACGUUCCAAAUCGGUCGAGCCGCUGGGAUUUCCCUACACGGGAACCCGUCUUCACUGGCGUCACCCAGUGCUGACCUGCGAGCACCCACUUCUUCCCAUGGGGAGGAUGGGGCGUACGUGAGCUCUGCCGAGCUUUCGAGCGAGACGGGCGCGUUGCCCGUGAGCCUGGGGGCGAGGCGCUCGGUGCUGCCACGUCCGGCCGCGCCGCGCGCGAACCAGAAGGUUGCGAGGAGACGCGAGGAGAUCUCCCGCCAGGUGCGCGACGUCGAGGACAUCCUCGCCGAGCUGCGCCGGCGCCAGUCCGUGCUGUCCGCGCGUUCCAGUCCGUCUGUGCUUCCGGGCGGGAUGUCAGACGCACCAGUACAAGGGGGCGAGCCUCCUCCGUCGGUAGCGCAGGCGUUGCUGCCGGACCAGGAUGGGAUGGUUAUGGAAGAGUGGGGGCGCCGGAUUGAUCGGCUGCAGACGGAGUUGGAGAGGUUGAGGGCGGAGCAGGAGGGGAUUGUGUUGAGGGAUCCGCCGCCGGCGUAUGUGUAG